AGAUAAACAAAAAUAGUGAUGAUUAUUGCUCGUAAUUAGUAUAUAAAAGAAGCCCCGAAUUCCAACUCAAGCUAUUCGUAAUCUUCACAACAACGGCCAUGGCUAAACUCACAAUUGUGGCUGUGCUGCUCUUGGUUGCUUCUUGCCUGGGCCAAGAGUAUCUUCCCGGAAUUCCCCUGAAUCCAGUCAGUGGAGCAUCUACGUUCCUUGCACGUUCCGGAGGGAUAGUAAGGGACGAUAAUGAUGAUGCAAGUCCUACACCAAAUUUCUGCGCAGGAAAAUUUGGGCCCGUUUGCUUAAAUUGUCAUUCCCUUCUUACUUGCGCCGAUGAAGUCAUCAAUACACAAACUUGCACUUCAAUGGAUCCUUCCAAGCCUUUCUGCCAGAAUUCGGCAUGCACUAGUGAAAACGCCGUAGCAGAUUGUAAUAUUCCUUUCCGAUGUACUGCGCAAGGACCCUUCCCCAACCCUGGCGACUGCACCAUGUACUACUUUUGUACAGACACAACUUUGCAAGGUUCCAUAGUCUACAAGUGCCCCACCAACUACGUCUAUGACUCGAAAUCGGGUUUGUGUAAACAGAAGAAAGUUUCAAGCGACUGCAAGACGAUAAGCUGCAACGGUCUCUCUAACCAGUACCAAGUAUUUGCUGCUGACAAAUCAAUCCUAAUCUAUUGUGCCGAUACCGUUACCGUAAAGGAGACAAUCCUCUUCAGGUGUAAGGAUUAUGAUAACAUGGAGUACGAUGCCGAUACACUUCAAUGUAAAUAUGUCUGUAAGACUGAAGGACGUUUCGUCGACCGCGAAGAUUGCACUAAAUACUACAAUUGUUACAAGAGCGGGACCACUUACGCAGCUCAACAUUUGAGCUGUCCAGCAGGCUUCAGUUAUAGUUCUGAUCGACAAAACUGCGUUGCGCAACCAACAGGAACAGCUUGCACCCCCGAACUAGGUUAGUCGCUCUGAAUAGAAAGCUUUUGUAUUUCUCUCUUAAUUAAGUUAAAUAAAGAAGUCUCUGCAAAUCAGAA